AUGAACUGCAAAGACAUCAUGGAUGUGAGGGAGAGAGCCCAGGAGAUGGCUGAGAGGGGACCCUUCCAGGAAGCGGGAGCAGAAAAGACCAAGACACUGAGGCAGAAGCAGGCUGGAGUGUUGGGGAACCGGCAAGAGGCCAGCGGGAUGGAGCUGCGGGAAGAGGGCCUGCAGGAGAAGAGGUCAGGGCAGAAGAGGCAGGAGGCUGCCCAGGGAGGCUCGGUGGACCAGGAGCCCUGGGAACCCCGAGCGGCGGGGCGGGGCGGGGCGGAGGAGCACAGGGGACGGGAGCAUGCGCAGAGGCGCGACCCGGAGGCGGUGGUCACAGGGAUUCACGGCUGCCUAAUGAACAGGUCGAGGAGACUGGACAGCCCGGCUUGGGCUGUGUCAAUGUUUCGUGUUUUCGCCUUCUCUGCCUUUUCUCAUCCUUUCUCGCUCUCUGCUCUGCGGUGUGACGAGGCUGAAUCCUCUCCGCACCCAGCCCUCGCCUUUCUUCUUCUGCCCGCGCUGUUGUUCUGUUUCUCUCCUUCGGCCGCUGCCACCACUGCUGCACAGCUGGUGUCGGUGCCGCGCUUUUCCCCCAACGUCAUCCCCGCAGCCUAUGGCCCAGGCCGCCUUGGGUAUUUCUGCUCAAGUUCGGCUUUGUGGAAUACGGCUGAGUUGAAAGGAUUUAUUGACGAUGCAAGCUACUCCGUUGGCCUGUUGGAUGAAGGAACAAACCUUGGAAAUGUUGUUGAUAACUAUGUUUAUGAACAUACCCUGACAGGGAAAAAUGCAUUUUUUGUGGGAGAUUUUGGAAAGAUUGUGAAGAAACACAGUCAGUGGCAGAACAUAGUGGCUCAGAUAAAGCCAUUCUACACGGUAAAGUGCAACUCCACUCCAGCUGUACUUGAGAUUUUGGCAGCUCUUGGAACUGGAUUUGCUUGUUCCAGUAAAACUGAAAUGGCUUUAGUGCAAGAAUUGGGUGUAUCUCCAGAAAACAUCAUUUACAUAAGUCCUUGCAAGCAAGUGUCUCAGAUAAAGUAUGCAGCAAAAGUUGGAGUGAAUAUCAUGACAUGUGACAAUGAAGUCGAAUUGAAGAAAAUUGCACGUAAUCAACCAAGUGCCAAGGUCUUACUACAUAUCACAACAGAAGAUAAUAUUGGAGGUGAAGAGGGUAACAUAAAGUUUGGCACUACCCUGAAGAACUGUAGGCAUCUUUUGGAAUGUGCUAAGGAACUUGAUGUCCAAAUUAUUGGGGUUAAAUUUCAUGUUUCAAGUGCUUGCAAAGAGUCUCAAGUAUAUGUACAUGCUCUAUCUGAUGCUCGAUGUGUAUUUGACAUGGCUGGAGAAUUUGGCUUCACAAUGAAUAUGUUAGACAUUGGUGGAGGCUUCACAGGAACCGAAUUUCGAUGGCAAGAGGUUAAUCAUGUUAUCAGCCCUUUGUUGGAUCUCUACUUUCCUGAAGGAUCUGACGUUAAGAUAAUUUCUGAACCCGGAAGCUACUAUGUGUCUUCUGCAUUUACACUUGCAGUUAAUAUCAUUGCAAAGAAAGUUGUUGAAAAUAAGUUUUCCUCUGGAGUAGGAAAAACUGGAAGUGAUGAACCAACCUUCAUGUAUUAUAUGAAUGAUGGUGUUUAUGGUUGUUUUGGAAGUAAACUGUCUGAGGACUUAAAUACCAUUCCAGAGGUUCACAAGAAAUACAAGGAAGAUGAGCCUCUGUUUACAAGCAGCCUUUGGGGUCCGUCCUGUGAUGAGCUUGAUCAAAUUGUGGAAAACUGUCUUCUUCCUGAGCUGAAUGUGGGAGAUUGGCUUAUCUUUGAUAACAUGGGAGCAGAUUCUUUCCACGAACCAUCUGCUUUUAAUGAUUUUCAGAGGCCAGCUAUUUAUUAUAUGAUGUCAUACGGUGAUUGGUAUGAGAUGCAAGAUUCUGGAAUUACUUCAGACACAAUGAUGAAGAACUUCUUCUUUGUGCCUUCUUGCAUUCAAUUGAGCCAAGAAGACAACUUUUUCACUGAAGCUUAAG